CUGAUUAAGCUAGCAGGAGGAUAUUGCAUUGCCACCCCUCGAAACCCGCCGGGUAACCGAUCGGGCCAGUGUCCGGCGCCGGCUGUGGAGUUCCCAACUUCGGGUGGAAGGAAGGAUGGCGCUCCCGAGGUUGAUAUGGAGCCAGCCAAGCUAGCUGCACUGGGUUUUCAUUUCUUUGAAGGUUGGGAUGGUUUGGCGUCGUCUAAUUCGAUGCCCUCUGACUGUUCGACGAAAUGCCUAAAAGAAUGCUUAAUUAGUACUGCUUCUGCCCCCCUUCUCUUUUUUGACCGUUGCCGUGAGUGAGUUGGAGACGUUGUACGAGCUCUGUUAUCAGAAGCUGAGCAGUGUCAUUGGGCAAAGACGGUCAUGUACGUACAGAAGGCUAAUCAAUUGAUUGAUUCCCUUGUGCAAUUGGAGAAAGGGUUACCACUAUCUCCUAUCUCUUCCAACUAGCAUUUUCCUUUUUGCAACAGAUGAGGAAUGCAGGAAGAAUUCGAAUAUGCAGACUUUUCAGGGAUACUAAGUAAAUAGAGCCUCUUUUUGGACAGGGUUCAGUUGACAAUCAAUGAUUCUG